AGUCUGCCUGCCAGGAGAGCGAGGGGCGUGCUGGAGAGGAGCUCAGACCGCGGUGCUGAGUAUUGGGCGAAAGCACAGCAUCAUUUUAAAACUCAGUAAACUCUCAAGUCUCGAACAACUAACUGCGCAAGAUGUCGAAAGGACCAGCAGUAGGAAUUGAUUUGGGCACCACGUAUUCCUGUGUGGGCAUCUUCCAGCAUGGCAAAGUGGAGAUCAUCGCCAAUGACCAAGGGAACAGGACCACACCCAGCUACGUGGCGUUCACCGACUCCGAGAGACUUAUUGGGGAUGCUGCCAAAAACCAAGUGGCUAUGAACCCGACCAACACUGUGUUUGGUAAAAACCACCACACCCCCACAAUCACACACUCAUCGAUUGCCAUGAAAGGAAGAAAAUUUAAACUGUGCAAACUUGUCCUCUCUUUUCAACUUUCAGAUGCAAAGCGUUUGAUUGGACGUAAAUUUGAUGACCCUGUGGUGCAAUCCGACAUGAAACACUGGCCGUUUAAAGUUGUCAAUGACGCCACCAAACCCAAAGUGGAGGUUGAAUACAAGGGGGAGAUCAAGACCUUCUUUGCUGAGGAGAUUUCCUCAAUGGUGCUCACCAAAAUGAAGGAGAUCUCUGAAGCUUACCUGGGCAAGCCUGUUAACAAUGCAGUUGUCACAGUCCCUGCUUACUUCAAUGACUCCCAGCGUCAGGCCACCAAAGAUGCAGGAACCAUCUCUGGGCUCAACGUGCUUCGGAUCAUCAACGAGCCCACCGCCGCUGCCAUUGCUUAUGGCCUGGACAAAAAAGUUGGUGGCGAACGCAAUGUUCUCAUCUUUGACCUUGGGGGUGGUACUUUCGAUGUGUCAAUUCUGACAAUUGAAGACGGCAUCUUUGAGGUGAAGUCCACCGCCGGCGACACGCACUUGGGCGGUGAGGACUUUGACAACAGGAUGGUCAACCACUUCAUUGCCGAGUUCAAGCGCAAGUUCAAAAAGGAAAUCAACAACAACAAGCGUGCUGUGCGUCGCCUUCGCACGGCAUGCGAGCGUGCCAAGCGCACCCUCUCCAGCAGCACCCAGGCCAGCAUUGAGAUCGAUUCCCUCUUCGAGGGCAUCGAUUUCUACACCUCCAUCACCAGGGCCCGUUUUGAGGAGCUCAAUGCUGAUCUGUUUCGUGGAACCCUUGAGCCCGUGGAGAAGUCCUUGAGGGAUGCAAAGAUGGACAAGUCCCAAAUCCAUGACAUUGUCCUGGUGGGUGGAUCCACACGUAUCCCCAAGAUUCAGAAGCUUCUGCAGGACUUCUUCAACGGCCGGGACCUCAAUAAGAGCAUCAACCCCGAUGAGGCUGUGGCCUAUGGUGCAGCUGUGCAGGCAGCCAUCUUGGCUGGAGAUAAGUCUGAGAAUGUCCAGGACCUGCUCCUGCUGGACGUCACGCCCCUGUCUCUGGGAAUUGAGACAGCUGGAGGAGUGAUGACCGUCCUUAUCAAAAGAAACACCACUAUACCCACCAAGCAAACCCAGACGUUCACCACGUACUCAGACAACCAACCUGGGGUGCUCAUUCAGGUUUUUGAAGGUGAGAGAGCCAUGACCAAGGACAACAACAUCCUUGGAAAGUUUGAACUGACUGGUAUUCCACCUGCACCCAGAGGAGUCCCCCAAAUUGAAGUGACCUUUGACAUUGAUGCCAAUGGUAUUCUCAACGUGUCAGCUGUGGACAAAAGUACUGGAAAGGAAAACAAGAUCACCAUCACCAAUGACAAGGGGCGCUUGAGCAAAGAGGACAUUGAGCGCAUGGUCCAGGAAGCGGAGCAAUUCAAGGCCGAGGAUGACGUUCAGAGAGAGAAGGUCACAGCCAAGAAUUCCCUCGAGUCUCUGGCGUUCAACAUGAAGAGCACUGUGGAGGACGAGAAGCUCCAAGACAAGAUCAGCCCCGAGGACAAAAAGGCAAUUGUGGACAAGUGCAAUGAAGUCAUUGCUUGGCUGGACAAAAACCAGACUGCAGAGAAGGACGAGUAUGAACACCAGCAAAAGGAACUUGAGAAAGUGUGCAAUCCCAUCAUCUCCAAGCUGUACCAGGGAGGCAUGCCCGGAGGAAUGCCAGGAGGAAUGCCCGGAGGAAUGCCUGGUGGCUUCCCCGGUGGCGCUGGAGGCGGCUCCUCUUCUGGCCCAACUAUCGAGGAGGUCGACUAAACACUGCAGUCUGUGUUUCUGUAUACCAACAUAUAUUUACAGCCAUAAAGGCAGUUUCUUCUUCUUCUUCUUUUUUUACCUGGUAUGAAUACAGUCAGAUCCCUGGUUUGUGCCUGAAUGUUAUCAAGUUCUCAGCAAAUGAAAAGAACAAAUUUGGUGCAGAUUCAUCUAACAGCUCAUUAUUGAUGUCUCAAUCAUAUCAUUUCACAACUGUGAUUUCUAAAAAGCAAACCAAUAAAGACCAUCAGUAAAACUCAA